AUGUCGAUGUCCACUGUCCUGUCCACCCUGCGCCGCGCCGGCUGCCAGAAGCUCUCCGCCUCAGCCAUCGUCCCGAGGCGUUCAACCGGCUCCCACCUGCUCCGGAUCCCUGAGUUCACCAAAGCCAGGAACACGGCGAAACACGGGGAGACGAUGAGAUCAGGCACGUUUGCAGUCGGCGGCCACGACUGGCGCAUGUGUUGCUAUCCAAAAGGCAACUGGAUGUCGGAGGAGGACCACGUCGCCCUCUCCUGGGAACAUGCUGGCCAGAAAUGGCCCCCGCAUAUCAUCCAACAUGUCCAGUUCAGUAUACUCGACCAGGCCAUGAAGCCAUCCUACACUCGAGCCAGCGAAGAAGACAUCCACUAUGCCCGCACCUGGGGUGCCUACGCCGACUUCAUCAGCCACGAGGAUCUCUACAAGGGCAAGUAUCUCAUGGACGACUGCCUCACCGUCCUGUGCGACCUCACCGUGGUCGUCACGGGAACAGAAGACCGCAUAGAGGUUCCGUCGCUGCCGGCGCCGUUCGACCUGCAAGGGCAACUCACAGAAGCCAUCUGGAACAGGGAACGGCCGGACGUGAAGAUUGAGGUUGGCGGAGAGGCGCUCGCCGCGCACCGGUGGGUGCUCGAGGCCCGAUCACCCGUAUUCAAGACCGACCUCUCGCUCGCCUCCACGGCAACCACCGGCGAGGACGGCGCCACCGUCGAACUACGCGUCGACGACAUGGACGCCGACGAGUUCAAGGCUCUGCUCCAGUUCAUCUACACCGACUCGACUACCCUGCUGGACGCGCCUAUAACCGCCGAGAAGCUGCUCGUCGCGGCGGACAAGUAUGAGCUGGAGAAGCUGAAGCUCAUGUGUGAGGAGGAAUUGUGCCGGCACAUCGGUAUGAGCUCCGUGGCCUCAUGUCUAGCAUUGGCAGAGCGGCAUCGUUGCCCCGUCCUCAGGGAGGCGUGCAUGCGGUUCCUGUCCUCUGCUGGGAAUCUGGCCGAAACGAUCAUGGCAAUGCAAAUGGAUGGGUUUGGGCAGCUAAAGAAAGACUGCUCCUCUGCCUUGCUAGAGCUUGUCGUGAAGAGGAUGGUAAAACUGGAGAAAUGA